UGAUUUCGCAGCCUGUUGUCACCCUGCCUUGUGCCGUCGUUCAGUUCUUCAAUCCCGCCUGUGAUACUCCACCAUUAUGUCUCCAGCCACACCAUCUCCUGCAGCCAAGAAAUCGUCGCCAGCCAAGGUCAAGGCGAAGAAGGUCUCAGCUCCUACUCGUCCUCAUCCGACUACAGCUGCAAUGGUUCACGAAGCCCUCAGCACCUUGAAAGAUCGCAAGGGUUCCUCGCUUGCCGCCAUAAAGAAGUACAUAGCUGGAACACACCACGUCGAUGCUACUGGCAGAUCUUCGCACCUCAUCGGCAAAGCACUCAAGGCCGCGCUCGAAGCCCAGACUGUGACUCUUGUAUCUGGCACUGGGUUGAAUGGUCGUUUCAAGCUGGCAGUCAAAGAGAAGGAGAAGAAGCCAAAAGCUGCUCCGAAAGCCAAAGCCGCAGCUGCUACAAAGCAAGCGAAGAAAUCACCGAAGCCGAAGAAACCAGCGGCCAAGAAAUCUAUCAAGCCGUCCAAGGCCCCUAAGGCGAAGAAAACGACUAAACCGCCAACUAAGCCGAAAGCCCCCAAGAGCAAAUCUGCAGCGGCAACUCCGAAGAAAGCUGGAAGUAAGGCCAAGUAAUUGACUUACAACCCCCAUCAGCACUAUGCGACAACCUUUAAAACGGCCCUUUUCAGGGCCA